GAGGGAGUGACGCAGGGUGUUCUGGUGCCGCCCGCUCUGUGCGCUGUGGGAUCCGAUUCCGGGAUUGUGUUGUGCUCCCGGCGCUCGGCGGACUCGGUGCUCCGGUCAUAAUGUCUGAAGACUCCUUGUAGCCUUUCCGCCUGGAGAACAUCGGCUUUACUAUAAAGGGCCUCAGGGGAAAAGCUUUCGAGCGGCAUAAAUCGCGUGCUACGGAUCGGCCCGCAGGUUCUCUCCAGCUGACUCCUGCCUUGCGGCUGAGGAUUUGUCUUCUCCCCGUCUCGUGAUUGUCUGCAGCCAUGCCAGCUUUAUCAACGGGCGCUGGAAGUGACACGGGUCUGUACGAGCUCUUGGCUACGCUGCCGGCUCAGCUGCAGCCACAUGUGGACAGCCAGGAAGACCUGACCUUCCUUUGGGAUAUGUUUGGUGAAAAAAGUCUCCAUUCACUGGUGAAGAUACAUGAGAAGUUGCACUACUACGAGAAAGAGAACCCGCAGCCCAUCAUCCACAGCGCUACAGCCCUGGCAGAUGAUCUGGCUGAGGAACUGCAGAGCCGACCACUGAACAGCGAGAUCAGAGAGCUGUUGAAACUGCUGUCGAAACCAAACCUGAAGGCUUUACUGUCAGUACAUGACACUGUGGCUCUGAAAAGCUAUGAUCCUGUGCUUCCUCCCAUGCCCGAUGACAUUGAUGAAGAUGAAGAUUCAGUGAAAAUUAUUCGGCUUGUCAAAAAUAGAGAGCCACUGGGUGCUACAAUAAAGAAAGAUGAGAGCUCGGGCGCCAUUGUAGUUGCCAGGAUAAUGCGGGGAGGAGCUGCGGACAGGAGCGGUCUCAUCCAUGUGGGGGACGAGCUGAGGGAGGUCAAUGGAAUAAGCGUGGAAGAUAAAAAACCAGAAGAAAUUAUCCACAUUUUGGCUCAGUCACAAGGUGCUAUUACUUUUAAAAUCAUCCCAAGUAUCAAAGAAGAAUCACCAAACAACGAUGGCAAGAUGUUUGUUAAAGCCCUCUUUGACUACUAUCCUAAUGAGGAUAAAGCUAUUCCUUGUAAAGAAGCCGGGCUUUCGUUCAGAAAGGGAGAUAUCCUUCAGAUCAUGAGCCAGGAUGAUGCAACUUGGUGGCAGGCCAAACACGAAGGUGAUGCCAAUCCCAGAGCCGGAUUGAUCCCUUCAAAACAAUUCCAGGAGAGGAGAUUUGCACUAAAGAAGCCUGUGGUGCUGACCCAGCCUCAGAAAGCCUCCAACAGAAGAUCAUCCGGGUUUAGAAGAAGUUUUCGUCUCAGCAGGAAGGAUAGAAAAACGAAUAAAUUAAUGUACGAAUGUAAAAAGAGCGACCAGUACGAUACAGCAGAUGUUCCGACCUUUGAAGAGGUGGCGCAGUAUCAGCGGCAGCAGAAUGAAAAAUACAGGUUGAUCAUCCUGGUUGGACCCAUUGGUGUUGGCUUAAAUGAACUUAAGAGAAAAGUCCUCCUCAGCGACUCCCAGCACUACGGAGUGACCGUGCCACAUACGACGAGAGGAAAGAGGAACCAGGAGUGUGACGGCGUGGAAUAUAUCUUUAUAUCUAAGCACUUGUUUGAAACAGACAUACACAAUAACAAGUUUAUUGAGUACGGCGAAUAUAAAAACAAUUACUACGGCACAAGCAUCGACUCCGUGCGCUCUGUCCUGGCAAAGAAUAAAGUGUGUCUGCUGGAUAUACAGCCUCACAGUAUAAAACACUUAAGGACGUAUGAAUUUAAACCUUUUGUCAUCUUCAUCAAGCCGCCAUCUAUCGAACGCCUCAGGGAGACGAGGAAAAACGCAAAAGUUAUCUCCAGCAAAGAUGAGCGGGCGUCAUCGAAACCCUUCACAGAAGAAGAUUUUGAUGAAAUGAUUAAGUCGGCACAAGUCAUGGAAGUUCAGUACGGCCACUACUUUGACAAAAUGAUCAUAAAUGAUGACCUCACCACAGCGUACAAUGAACUGAAAUCCACCCUUGACAGGCUGGAGACGGACAGCCUCUGGGUACCAGUGAGCUGGCUCCAUUCCUGAACACCUUCCCCGGCAUAUGGCACAAAUACUUUUUUAUUUUGUAAUUUUUUUUAUUACGCGUCCUACAGUGGGCUUUCACAUCUGCUCUGGUUGAAUUCAUUUUAAUCCCUUAUUUUAUGGUGUUUUGUUAUCAGAGGCUGCUUAAAACGCAUCAGAAUCGAGAGCAGCUUGCUUCCUUUUAUGUAUGUGAAGAUCAGGUCUGGCAGUGAGUAGUAGGGCGUACCGAUGCAAUGAAGCCUGUGUAGUAGUGGUGUCAAUUCUGAACCAUAGAGAGUCACUGUGCGGGGUAUGCUUCAUCUACACACAGUAGGGACAGCCAGCGAAUGAGCAGCAACAUGGCAGCCUGGGUCACACACCGUGCCUGCUCGGCUGGAGGAUGAUUAUUAUGUGCACAUUUGACCACCAUUGGUUGCAGGGGUUUGUAUAUUUUAGACAUUGCUAUACUGAGGUUUGCCAAAACGAACCUGAACUAGGUUCAGAAUCGGGCAAACAUGGCUGCUAUUUCCCUAGAAACAGCACCACACCUGCCAGAAGGUUGUUUUUGGUAUUUCAGCUCGGCUCCAUCGUAGUGAAUGAGGUUGUGCUGACAUACCACACACAACCUGUGAAAAGGUGUGACGCUGUUUUUUGGAAAGAAAGUCUCAAAAUGUUAGUCAAUACACUGGAAAGGACGAGAUCCUUGGGAAUGGUCCUGUAUGUAUAUUACGCCUAUGAUGAUUUACACUGCUAGCACUAUGCUUUCUCAUUUAUUUUGGCAUCGUGUAGCUUGCAGACUGGAAUUCUAGGUUCUUACAUGACAAUUUUCAUAUGGUCUCCAAAACAAUCUCACCAGUCGGUGGUUUGGCAAAAAAAUGUUAUUUUUUUUAUUUAUUAUAAAUGAGUUUGUUAUUUUAUCAUCUUGUGAAGCACUUCCAGGUUUAGAGGACUUUUUUUUGCCUCAUUUACAAAGACUAUAUUAGAAGACGGUAUGAGGGUGGUGCUCCACUUUUCGUUUGCAUUAGUUCUUAAAAGGCCAUGGACAUCUUCUCUGCCUAGUAUAUGAUAUGGCUUUUUGAAGGAAUCAGACUGGACUACCUCCAGAUCCUCCAGUGGGCUUGGGGGUUGUCUAGGAUUCAAGGACAUGGUUGAUUUCUCCCACAAAAAAAGCAUGCCCACUUCUGUUCACAGGUGGUAUUGCAGCUCAGUCUCAUUCAUCUCAAUGAAGCCAAGGUUCAAAACCCCGCACUCAACCCAUGGACAGGUGGAGGAGUGUUUUAUGAUGAAAGCAGCCAUGUUUUUCUAACCCUGGAAAUCUCUGUAAGGCACUGGUCAGCAACCUUUGGCACUCCAGCUGUUGUGAAACUACAAUUCCCAGCAUGCUCUAUUUAUUUCUAUGGCAGUUCUGAGAACAGAAGAGCAAGAAUG